AUGGAAGAAAAAGAUAAUGAGAUGAUACCACAUAAUCCUCUGAGAUCCUUUAUAAACUUAACAUCUGCUGGAAGGAUCAAAGAAACGAUAAAACUUGUUCUCAAGGCUUUCAUUGCUUUAAAUAUUUACGCUAUGACUGUCGGGGACAUCGGUUUUUCGAAUUCAUUUUCAUGCUGUAAAAAGUGUUUUGCUCUUUGUAUAAAUGUAUUCGUGUGCAUGUGUAAAUUUGAUAUCCAGUUUAGUUUAAUCCCUCAUGCAUUUCAACAGAGGAGGGUUUUUCCUGUUUCGCAACGUCGGUUGAAGGGUCAUAUGGGGUUUGAACGUAUUUUACUUGCUUUUUGUUAUCCCGAUUCAUGUUUGCGUUCACAAUCGACCGGAUCGAUGUUUGGCUGUAACACGGUACGGGGCCAAUGGCCUAUAAUUUCUAUAUCUAACUGCAAUGAGCUUCAGCUUACCCGUGUUGAGUUCUGGUUCGAGCUCUGCCAAUUGAUUUUGUUUUGGUGCAUACAUAUUUCAUUAAAUUUAUGUUGUAUCGCUUAUGGCAUGAGCAAACACAACAACUAUUCCGAAUCAUAA